AUGAUGCUCCCAUCCGUGUUGGCAGUGGCUGCUGCUGUUGCCCCGGUGUGGGCAGUCGACCCCAUAAAGCCAAUGGCGGCCGGGCUCGUCAUGGAGGCCCUGGACCCCCGCGCCCUUCCCGAUUCUCCCUCGGGAGGCUAUGCACCCGCGAUCGUCGACUGCCCGUCAGCCCGUCCCACCAUCCGGUCCGCAUCAGCCCUAUCGCCGAACGAGACAUCAUGGCUCACCCGCCGCCGCAACGUCACAAUCGAACCCAUGCGCGAGUUCCUAACCCGGGCCAGCAUUCCCAACUUCGACGCCGGCGCCUAUAUCGACCGAGUCAAGUCCUCCUCAUCUCAACUGCCCAACAUUGCCCUCGCCGUGUCAGGAGGCGGUUAUCGCGCACUCAUGAAUGGCGCCGGCUUCCUCGCUGCCGCAGACAGCCGAACUCCUAAUUCGACAUCGGCCGGCCAGAUCGGCGGCCUUCUGCAAUCCGCCACUUACCUCGCCGGUCUUUCCGGCGGCGGGUGGCUCGUCGGCUCCAUCUUCACUAACAACUUCUCUACCGUGGUCGAUCUGCAGCGUGGCUCAAAGGGGUCCGCUGUCUGGAAAUUUGACCGAUCCAUCUUCUCAGGCCCCAAGGAAUCCGGCCUCUCCAUCCUCAACACCGCCGAGUAUUGGAGAGACAUUGCCAAGCAAGUCGACGCCAAGGACCAGGGCUUCGAGGUCUCUAUCACGGACUAUUGGGGCCGCGCCCUCUCUUAUCAGCUCGUCAACGCCACCGACGGCGGUCCCGCCUACACCUUCUCCUCCAUCGCCGACGAGCCCGACUUCCAGUCCGGCCAGCAGCCCUUCCCCAUCCUCGUCUCCGACGGCCGCGCCCCCGGCGAGCACAUCAUCUCCCUCAACGCCACAGUCUACGAGUUCAACCCCUUUGAGCUCGGCACCUGGGACAACACCGCCUACGGCUUCGCGCCCCUCCGCUACCUCGCCUCCAACUUCUCCGCAGGCCGCGUCCCGGACAACGGCUCCUGCGUCCGUGGCUUCGACCAGGCUGGCUUCGUUAUGGGCACCUCGUCCUCCCUCUUCAACCAGUUCAUACUCCAGAACCUUACCUCUGCCGGCCUCCCCGACUUCAUCCAGAGUGCCUUGACGAGCAUCCUCAACGCCCUGGACAAGGACAACAACGACAUUGCGCAAUACGUGCCCAACCCCUUCUUCGGCUACAACCCGCGCACAAACGUCAAUGCAAACCAGAAACAGCUCUCACUCGUCGACGGCGGCGAGGAUCUCCAAAACAUCCCCCUCCACCCCCUGAUCCAGCCCAACCGCGCCGUGGACGUCAUCUUCGCCGUCGACUCCUCCGCUGACACGAACUACAACUGGCCCAAUGGCACCGCCCUCCGCGCAACCUACGACCGCGUCGCAGAGCCCAUUGCAAACGGCACCCUCUUCCCCCCCGUCCCGGAUGCAAACACCUUCAUCAACCUGGGCCUCAACCGCCGCCCAACCUUUUUCGGCUGCAACGCCUCAAACUUCACCCUCUCCGGCAACCAGCGCGUCCCCCCGCUGGUCGUCUACCUCCCCAACUCGCCCUACGUCGCGCACUCCAACGUCUCCACCUUUGAUCCCAGCUACGAGCUCGACCAGCGCGACGCCAUCAUCCAAAACGGCUACGACUCGGCCACCCAGGGCAACGCGACGCUCGACGCCCAGUGGCCCGUCUGCGUCGCCUGCGCCGUGCUCUCGCGCAGCUUGACUCGCGCCCGCGAGACCGUGCCGGACGCCUGUACGCAGUGCUUCUCGCGGUACUGCUGGAACGGCACGCUCGACACCCGGGAGGUGGACUACAACCCCACCUUGGCUAUUGGCAGCAUCGAGGCGAACAGUGCCGGGGCAAGGACGGGCGUCAGCCUGGUGGCUGGCUUUGCGAGUGCGGUGGCGGCGGCGCUAAUGCUGUCGAUUUGA